CGCGCCUCGCGACCAGCAUGGCCGCCGACGCUGCAGACGAGCACCACGUACCGACGACGUCCAGUCCACUCGCGCCUCCUGCAAGCCCUCGAGCCGCUGCGUCGUCCAACACCCGGCCCGACCUCGUUCGCGACAGCGAGGACCUCGACGUCGCUCCAGUCCGCACCGACGACUACUACGACGACGACGACCCGCUCGACGCGGCCGACGCGCUCCUCGCGCAGGACGACCACCACCCUCGCCUCACCCGGUCGCGCGCGUCGUCCUUCUCGGUCGACUUUAGCGGGCGCCUCCUGCAGCUCACGGCGUCGACCGAGCGCGGCGCAGAUGGCAGCAGUGCGGCCGAGCGCGGGCAGCGACCGGGCACGGUCAAGGAGCACGUGUCGCUCGCCGGCGGGUGCGCGCUCGUCGUCGGCAUCGUGAUUGGGAGCGGCAUCUUUUCGUCGCCGGGCGUCGUCGCCAAGGAGACGGGCAGCGUCGGGACUGCCCUCUUCGUGUGGCUCGCGGCGGGCCUCUUGUCGUGGGCGGGCGGGAGCAGCUUUGCCGAGUUGGGAUCCAUGUUGCCCAUGAACGGCGGGCACCAAGUCUAUCUGAGCGCAGCUUUCGGACCCUUAGCAUCGUUCGCUUACUCGUUCACGGCGGUCACGGCGCUCAAACCCGGCGGGCAGGCCAUUAUCUCGAUCAUCUCGGCAGAGUACCUGUGCCGCAUCUUCUGGCACACGGCGUUCGAGCCUGAUCCUCGAGCCGCCGCUCGGGGUAUCCCGACCGUCGCCAUCAAGCUCGUCGCGAUCGCGUGCCUGUGCAGCAUCUCGGGCGUGCACAUGUGGUCGACCAAGGCGGGCACGCGCGCUCAGCUCGUCGUCACCGUCUUCAAGGUCCUCGCCCUCGUCCUCGUCUUCAUCGGCGGCCUCGUCUACCUCGGGCUCGGGUCGCACCCCGCGUCCGACUUUACCUUUGCCGGCUCGUCCGACAAGCCGGCAGGCUACGCCCUCGCCCUCUUCUCGGCGCUGUGGACGUUCGACGGCUGGGACGCGGCCAACUUUAUCGGCCGCGACGUUGUCCCUGGGUCUUUGCCCCUCAUGAUCAACAGCAGCAUGGCCAUGAUCGUCGUUCUCUUCCUGCUCGCCAACGUGUCCUACUUCCUCGUCCUCCCAUUCGACAUCGCAACGGCAACGACGACUAUCGGACUCGACUUUGGGCGCGCACUCGCCGGUCCGGUCGGCGGCCUCCUCUUUGCCAUCAUCGUCUCGAUCUCGGCUCUCGGCGCGCUCAACGGCACCCUGUACACUUCAUCCCGCCUCGUCGUCGCCGCGAGCGAGCAGGGCUUCCUCCCUCGCACGUUCGCCACCUUCAACAGCCGCCAGAAGACGCCGAUCAACGGCAUCCUGCUCAGCACGGCCCUGUCGACCAUCUUUAUCUGCUUUGGCGACUUUGGCUCGCUCACGCUCUUUUACGGCGUGUGCGCCUGGACGUGGAACCUGGCCGUCGUCAUCGGCCUGCUCGUCCUGCGCGUCUCGGAACCGACGCUCAAGCGACCUUACCGCACCUUCCUCGCGACGCCGAUCCUGUUUGCGAGCACGGCCCUGUUCCUCAUCGUCCUGUCGCUCUUCUCGAAACCGUGGCAGUCGCUCGCGGCUUUCGCGUUCUGCGUCGCCGGGACCGUGCCGUACUACCUGCACGUGCGGCCGAACGAGCGACGGAAAGCGGCCGAGGGGCUCGAGAUGACCUGAGGCGGCGCUCGCGGUCUAGGAAGAGUCGCUGUAGCCUAUCCUGCAUUGCGACGAGCAUCAUCGUCUCAAAUCUACGUCCCCGUACACCUGCGCACGGGCCUCUUCGCUCCCGCUCGCCGC